UCGGUGUUAUGCAUUACACAUAUUCGUAAACAACAGAGCCUCCCUUUUGCUUUAAUUUUUUAUUGGGUUUUAUGUUUUGUCUUGUUAUUUCUUUCGUUGGGGACGUUUUUUAUUUUGGUUUGCUCCUCGUCUCAUUCGUAAAUUUCUUUUCCGGCUUUUCCGGAACUCCGUGGUUUUAAUAGAUUCCACACAAAUUAAGCAAAUAAAUAACUAAAUUGCUAUGCAUUCACAUAAAAUAUAUGGCAAGAUUUGUAGGGUGUGUAUGUCCAAUAAGAAAAACAUGUUUAAUACCCAAACGACGAGAUAUGAAGAAUCUGAUUUGACCAUUGAGGAAAUGCUUUUACAAACCACACCACAACUGUUAGAACAACAACGAAAGCAGUCAUUUCCGGUGCCUCAGGAAAUAUGCAAGGCAUGUAUGGAUCAGUUAUUGAAAGCUUUUAAAUUCCAAAAGCUAUGUCUGACCACACACGAUAUGCUAUAUAAAACGUGGUCAGCGUCAGUAUUACGUGAGAGGGGGAACUUUUCGCAAUCUGAAGUGUCCUUUGGGGAAAAUGCAAGUGAUAUAGGGAACAAAAUUGAGACUGAUACUCAUAAAGAGAUUCCUAGGGGCAUCAACGAUAGUGAAGAGGAAGCUUCAAUUGCUGCUGAUAAAGACGUAUCUGGAAAUGACAGUGACAAUGAUGAAGAGGACAUACCACUGAGUUCUUUGAGGAAAUUACAAAAGUCUAUAAAUGAAAAAUAUAAUCAAAUUGAGGGGGCCAUUAUAAAAACGUUUGGAAGGAACCAAGUUGAGAAGGAGUUGGAUGUGUCAUCUUUAACGUGUGACUCUGAAAAAGCCCUGCGUGCAAUGACACAUCAAUGUAAUACAUGUUUAAAGAAUUUUCCCAAUGCGACCAUGCUGCAAAAACACAAACGCAAUAGGCACAAGGAGUCGGAGAUGGAUAAAAGCGACAACAGGCUCUCUAAGGAUGAAAAUUCACUAGACAAUUGUGAUUUGGAUCUAGACCAAUUAGACUCCAGCAGCAGGGAUCCAACGUCCUCGGAGAAAGAAGAAACUGAUACUAUUGUCGAAAAGAACAAAACAAGAUCACCCCAUCCAUGUCCACAGUGCAAAGCCACAUUUCGUUUUGAAAAACAAAUGGAACGACACAUGAAAAAACACACCGACGCUCAUCGUUUCGUGUGUAUGGUGUGCCAUGAUCGCUUCAAAUAUCCUUUUAUGCUGCAAAAACACAACGAAAAACAUCAUCCCGAUGAAAAUAAGAAUAAAACUCGGCUAAUGGAAGAUAAAAAGGAGCCGCUAAAUAAAUCAUAUACCUGCAAUCAUUGUCCAGCGGCAUAUACAAAUGUGGGAGGUCUAGCACAGCAUAUGAGUAAAAAACAUAGCGAAAUAGUGCCCUUUAAAUGUGACAAAUGCAACAAAACCUUUGUGGUUGAGGAACAUUUGAAGAUACACACCAAUCGCCAUAUGGGCAUUAAAAAUUUCCAAUGUGAACUUUGUGAUAAAUCAUUUUCCUUUAAAUUUGCCAUGAAACAACAUAUGAGGAUACAUACCGGAGACUUGAAUUAUCUUUGUACGUUGUGUGGCAAGAAGUUCUAUAGGCCCAGUAACUUAAGACAGCACAUGCAACGCCACGGUGAUGAUAAACCCUAUAGCUGUCCACAUUGCCCGAAACGUUUUAAAUGCCCCUCAGAUCGUUACAUACAUUUGAUGUCCCACCAGCAGGGUAAAAAUCAUGUAUGCUCAACAUGUGGGGCAAGAUUUUCUCGAGUGGAUACGUUACAUCAGCAUGUCAAGGUUCUGCACUCGGGCGAGAAACCCUACAAGUGUGAUCAGUGUCCAAUGGCAUUCCCACGUUUAAUGAAUCUCAAUCGUCAUCGUCGUACCCACACGGGAGAGAAACCAUAUAAGUGCAAAUAUUGCGACAAAGCCUAUGCCCAAAGCAAUGAUUUGAAUAAACAUUUACGCACACAUGUUGGCGAAAAUACCUAUAUGUGUAGCCAAUGCCCUAUGGCUUUUAAAUAUCAAGCGGAUUUAAGAAAUCAUGAAUGGGAACAUUAUCGCAAAGAAAAAGAAGCGGCUGAGCAGCAAACGCUAACAAAAUCAGAUGAUGCAAGAAAUUAAAAUAUUAUAAAAAAACAAAAGCAACAUUUUAGUGCAAUAUACAUAUAUAAAAUAAAUAGAAAUGUAAAUGUAAAAA